AUGAGUCUGGCACCAAUUUUUCGACCCCGGAGGGAUGAAGGGCUUGGUGAGCACUACGGCGGAUUCGAACCUCCGAUCGAUCGUACAGGAAGCGGAACCUAUAACACCACACCCGCCCCAGAACAUAUAUAUCAUGCUAAUAUGAAGAGUGUUUCUCAUUUUCUACUAGCAGUACUCGCCACAAGGUGGCCUUGGAAGAUGAGCCAGUCUUCCGGUGGGGGCGGCACUUUCACGAGUGUCUACCAUGCAUUCAAAGAAGAGUGCAAUCGGUACACUCAACGAAAACGAAUUAAAAUUGCCAACAAGAUGACAAAAAUGUUCAACAUGAGCUGCAACGAAGCGAAUGCAGAACAACUGACAGCGGAAAACUUUGCGGAUCUUCUUCCGGAGUUUGAUACGUUUAUAUUUGGCGGUGACGGGUUACUCUGGCUCCGCCUUGGUAUUAUCACUGAUGUCGCCAACCUUGUAAACUCACUGAUCUAUGACAGGAAACGAGUCUUCAUACUGACCAAUGACACUACCCUUUCUCGUGAAAGUCAUGAGAAAAAACUUCUAGAACACCGAUUCAGUCGGAAAUUAACUAAAGAACAUAUCAUAACGCCAGGAUUGCUUGCUGCAAAUUAUAUCACUGCCAAUGGGUCUCCAGAUGACAAAGGUGUAUAUCUCAUUGCAACUGGUGGAAUACAAGACGACAUCAAAGAACAAGGAUUCAGUGUUUUCGGACAAGGUCCCGACGCUUUUGCAUCGUUGAAAGACGACGAGGGAACGAUGUUCAACAUAGAUAUCUCAGUUCGGGCAAAAAAUGUUUGUGCCGUUGUGGUCGGUCUGGACAAACAUUUCAACUUCAAAAAAUUGAUGAAAGCCACAAACUUCUUAAAGGAUCCAAAGUGCUUGUUCCUUGCAACCAACGAUAAUGCAACGCUUUCGGUACCGAACGGAGAUAUUGUCAUUCCAGAUACAGGGGCAAUAGCUGAUGCUGUAAAGAAGGCGUCAGGACGAGAGCCAUUAAUCCUCGGGAAACCAUACAGUUCCGGUUAUGAUUACAUAAAAAAGAAGUGGAAUAUUGAUGAAAGUCGAACAAUGGUGAUAUGCAGCACGAUUAACUUCGACGUGAUGUUUGGUCGUAAUCACGGAAUGCGCACUCUUCUCAUCCUCAAUAAUUCUCAUGAUCUCAAUCAACUGGAGAAGAUGCGCAACAAUCAUACAUACGAUAUUCUCCCUCACUUCUAUGCUACAUCCAUAUCGGCAAUUCUUCCUGCAAACAAUACAAACAAACAUUCAUAA